UUUUCCUCUCCUCUACCCUCCCAUUCAUAAAAACUCACUUCCCUCCCCCUCAGUGGUUGCAACAUCAUAUCCACAGCUCUGCGUCCUCGAUCGCAGUCGCCUUUUUAAUGCACCAACCCAGCAGAGAGGAAAGCGCUGAAAGAGCCGCUCGGCUUUCCUUUUGGAGUUAACGUCUUUGGAAAUACUUAACGCACCACCGGCCACCAAUCUCCGAGUGGACUAUAGAGAAACCUGCGAGCAGACGUCGAGCGUAACGAAGAGAUGAGAAUUGCGUCCUGAUACCCACGUAUCACUAAAUGCUGCUUUAAUGUGAAGACGUGCAAGGCACCAGCCGACACAUGGAGUCCAGGGUUCCCCACCACAUUCCCGGAGUGUCUUCUUCCCUUAUCUCUCAGCCUUUGCUGGAUAGUCGAGUGCCCUAUGGUCGUCUUCAGCAUCCUCUCACCAUUUAUCCCAUUGACCAGAUAAAGUCAUCACAUGUGGAGAAUGACUACAUUGACAGUCCAGCUGUUGUGGCUCAGCAGCCCGUGAGCCAGAAGUCAGCAAACCGAAGAAUCACCUGGCUUGGUCAAAAUCAGGAGGCCUUCCUUGGGGCCAACCAUAAUCAUCACCAUAAUCACCAACAUCAGCUCCAUCAGCAUGGCCGGUGUGAGUCUCACCCUCACCCAGACACCACCACCCACCCCUGGAUCUCCUUCAGUGGCAGGCCCAGUUCUAUUAGCAGCAGCAGCAGUACCUCUUCCGAUCAGCGGCUGUUGGACCAUGCAGCACCGACACCGACGGUGGAUCACCACCCAAACUCAAACAAUCACCAGGGCCCCAUCAACACCGUCACAACCCGAACUCCUGGUUGUUUCUCUUCCUCUCAAUCUAAAGUCCUGACCUCCUCUUCCUCUGCUUCCUCCUGCUCCUCUUCCUCAAAAUCACUUGACCUCAAGUCUGCAAAGAUUCCUGCUGGAGGCGUGUGCUCCACUGGGGUUCAACAAGGACUGGCGCUUAUCCCUUCCUCUCCAACCGAAAAGAAGCACCUAUUUGUCUGCGAGCAUUGUGGGAAGUGUCGAUGCACUGAGUGCACGCUCCCCCGAGCCUUACCCUCCUGUUGGGUCUGCAACCAGGAGUGCCUGUGCUCGGCUCAGAGCCUGGUAGACACAGCCACCUGCAUGUGCCUAGUCAAAGGGAUCUUCUAUCACUGCACCGAGGACGAGGACGACGAGGGCUCCUGUGCCGACAAGCCCUGCUCAUGUUCACAAGCCAACUGCUGUGCACGCUGGUCUUUUAUGGCCGCCCUCUCUGUCGUCCUGCCAUGCCUAAUCUGCUACCUACCAGCUACGGGACUGGCCAAGCUGGGACAGAAGUGUUAUGACAAUGUUAGCAGGCCUGGCUGUCGCUGCAAGAACUCGCAGGCUGGCAUGAGCAUCCCUGUCAGUAAAAAUGGAGGGGUGGAAGCAAACGUUGGGACAGAAAAGCAGCAGCAGGGGUCAUGAUAGUGGACUCAACUAGCUGGCUGUGGCCUUGCAAGAAAAUGGACAGGACCCCACUUGUUUGGUUAAUAUGGACUGGACAAGGCAACACCACCCCAUUAAACCACCAUAUUUAUCUGCUGGAACAUGACUAUUAAAACAAUGGUACUUAAAUGGUUUCUUGGCCUAUGUUUGAUAGCAUGAAUGAUUAAAAUGGGCCAUUUAAAAGUGGAACAGCUAACAGGUUUGGUGAGGGAUUUGUUUUCAUGUUCUAUAAGGGUGACGAUAAGAAGAGACCAGAUUGUGUGGCCUUCUGUUUGGGUUUUAAAGAAAAUGGCUGAAGGCACAAAGUCGUACCUCUCUGCUGCUCAAUAUUUUCCAGCUAUUUUUUGUAAUGCCAAGUAAACAGAAACUGGUUGCUGAUCCUCUGUAUUCAACCCCAGCCAUCUAGAAAAGCACAGCCCAGUGUCAUUCAGGAAAGCAAGUGGUUAACUGUUGAAUACUGUGGCUUUUACGAUGGGCCAUUACAAGAGAUAAUUUCCUCUCAAAAGUGAUUUUCACCAUCUUUUAAUUUUGCAGUUAUGCUAAACGAGGCUAGCUUGGUGACAUUUAUCUCUAGAUUGUUAUUUGAACAGGGGGAUCUGUGAAAGCAACCCUUUUUAGACCUAACAGUAAUUUUCCAUAUUUCGUUCAUCUUUUUGUGUGCUACAAGUGAGAAAUAAUCAAUUUACAGUUGUUUUUUAUUCAUUUUAUG